AUGAAUUGCGCCUGUGUGGAGCGGGCGCUAAAACUCAGUGUGUGCGUGCGCAGCGCGCACCAGAAACGAGCAUUCCAGCUGAACAACUUGGUAGCGUGUGGUUGGAGGAUUCUGGCAGGAGUCCGGCAGCUGCAGGAGUACCUUUGCAUUAACAUUUCUGACUGCGAAACAGAUCAUAUCUACUUGUGCAGGGGCGUUUAUUCUGCUCCAUUGCAGCGCUUCGCAAAAGCGCACACGACGCUCAGGCCGAGAUCUAACACACGCAAUCGGUUCCUCGGCGUGUACCCGCGCCUCAUGUUCUGGUAUAAGGGUCGCCGGGAUGAGAAACGGACAACAACGACAAGAAUACCAGGAAUUAUCCCGCGCGCCUACUCCUUUAGCCUUCCGCAGCUUGGCAAGAAGGGCCGGGCUAUUCAGCUAGAACCCGCCACCUGGGCCCGUGCAAGCACGCCGCGGGCGAGGUUUGAUGCGGCUGCUGCCGCCAUUGCCACCAUCCGUCAAGCCAGGAGAAGGGCGGCUGGCCGUCGUGUGAAAUAA